GCCGCGUUGCCUCUGCCGUUCCCCGCCCCCUCGCCUCUGGGGCUGCCCUCAUCGUUGCCUGACCCGAGGUCCGGCAGCUUCUGCCUUUCCGGCCCCCGCCGACGGACGGAGGCGGUCCACCCCGGGGGCGGAGGUGCUCUCGGCCCACGAGGCCGUUCCGGAGCGGGUUGGAGUGGGCAGCGGGUGGCGCUGCGGAGACAGGCGCGGCGGACAGCCCCGGGGGCAGCGGCGGGGUCCUGGCGGGGGGAGGAUAGGGUUGCGGCGGGCGGAACGGUGUCUCCUUCACUUCGCCCUCCAGCCGCGGCAGCUGCAGCGCGACCCCGAGCGAGCCGAGCGGUCUUAGCUGCGAACGGAGCGGCGGCGGCGGUUCUUCUCAGGAGACCAGCAGAUCACUUCUUCCCGCGGUCUCGCCAUGGCGACCUACGGACAGAGCUGCCCGCGGCCAAUGUGUGUUCCUCCCUCAUACGCUGACCUUGGCAAAGCUGCCAGAGAUAUUUUCAACAAAGGAUUUGGUUUUGGGUUGGUGAAACUGGAUGUGAAAACAAAGUCAUGCAGUGGCGUGGAAUUCUCAACAUCUGGUUCAUCUAAUACAGACACUGGUAAAGUUACUGGGACCUUGGAGACCAAAUAUAAGUGGUGUGAGUAUGGUCUGACUUUCACAGAAAAAUGGAACACUGAUAACACUCUGGGAACAGAAAUCGCAAUUGAAGACCAGAUUUGUCAAGGUUUGAAACUGACAUUUGAUACCACCUUUUCACCAAACACAGGAAAGAAAAGUGGUAAAAUCAAGUCGUCUUACAAGAGGGAGUGUAUAAACCUUGGUUGUGAUGUUGACUUUGAUUUUGCUGGACCUGCAAUCCAUGGUUCAGCUGUCUUUGGUUAUGAGGGCUGGCUUGCUGGGUACCAGAUGACCUUUGACAGUGCCAAAUCAAAGCUGACGAGGAAUAACUUUGCAGUGGGCUACAGGACUGGGGACUUCCAGCUACACACUAAUGUCAAUGAUGGGACAGAAUUUGGAGGAUCAAUUUAUCAGAAAGUAUGUGAAGAUCUUGACACUUCAGUAAACCUUGCUUGGACAUCAGGUACCAACUGUACUCGCUUUGGCAUUGCAGCUAAAUAUCAGUUGGAUCCUACUGCUUCCAUUUCUGCAAAAGUCAACAACUCUAGUUUAAUUGGAGUGGGCUAUACUCAGACUCUGAGGCCUGGUGUGAAGCUUACACUGUCUGCUCUGGUAGAUGGGAAAAGCAUUAAUGCUGGAGGCCACAAACUUGGGCUCGCCCUGGAGUUGGAGGCUUAAUCCAGCUGAAAGAAACCUCUGGGAAUGGUUAUCAGAAGAUUUGGCCUUAAUAUAUUUCCAGUGUGACCAGCAGGCUUUUUUCCCCCCAAGAAGGUGAUCAAAACACAGGAUGAUCUGAAUAAGACCUGUAUUUUAAAUAUUUAGACGGUUACUUGUUAGCUGGUUUCUAGUUGAAUUGGUUAUCUAUCUAGUUACCAAUGCUGCAGUCGUGCAGUCACCUAUACAUUAUUUAAAUGUAUUUAACUGUUAAAUGCGCUACCCACCAAUAAUGAAAUAGACCUUUAAGAAAACUGUGCAAUCGUGUGCAUGUUUGUUUUUAUGUUCCUUUUAACAUUGAAUAUUGCCCUUGAAUGAGAUGGAUCAGUGGAUGUUUUAAGAAGAGGUUAAAAAAUUUUUGUUAAAUUCAGCCAUUAGAAUUAACUUUUGGUAUCCCAAAAUAUUACAAAUUAUGAAUAAAACAAGUAUACAUAA